UUGGUCUCUGCUAACGCCGGAGUCUGAAGAUGACAGCGAGAAAGUCUGGGUCACGACUCGAGACCGAGAUAGAACGGUGCCGUUCGGAAGGGCAAUGGGACAAGAUACCAGAGCUUGUACGGCAGCUGUCUGCUAAACUAAUAUCAAACGAUGACCUGGGGGAGCUGCUGCUGGGGGAGGCCAAGCUCCAGCAGUACAUCAAGGAGAACCCCAUCAAGCAGGGGGCCAGCCCCAGGGGCCCAAGACCCAGGCUAGUGGAGGUCCACAAACACCUGACCGCUGCCCUGGACCGAGGGAACCUCAAGCCGGACUACAUGCAAGAGGCCAGCAUGUUAAUGGCCAAGCUGUCCUACGUGGAGGGAGACUACAGUGAAGCCAUCAACCAGUAUGGCAAAGUGACCCUGGACGAGCUGGCGCUGGUGGGAGCCCCUGUCUACCGUCUCUCCAUGAUCGCCGAGGCAUACGCUACCAAAGGUCUGUGUCUAGAGAAAGUCCCGGCUGCGUCUCCGUCCCUGUCCAAUCGUAACGUGGACAAAGACCAAGAAGUGAUUACCUGCUAUGAGAAGUCUGGAGACAUCGCCCUGCUCUACCUACAGGAAGUAGAGAAGGCCCUCAGUGCGGGGAUGCAGAACCGCAGUCCAAAGCCAGGCCCAGUGGCACAGGAACAGGAGCUGGGAUACUUCCUGGAGACUGGACUUCAGAGGGCACAUGUCAUCCACUUUAAAAACGGUAACCUGACCCGGGGAGUGGGCCGCUUCCGGGAGAUCCUCCGAGCUGUAGAGACCAGGACCACACAGAACUUACGAAUGACCAUAGCGCGACAGCUAGCAGAGAUCCUGCUGAGGGGGAUGUGUGAGCAGAGCUACUGGAGUCCUCUGGAGGACCCUCCCAGCCAGUCCCCCCUGGAUGACCCCCUACUACGCCAGGGAGCACCCUACACCAAGGACUACGCACUCAGCCGCCGGCCACGUGUCUACUCCGGAGAGAAUCUGUUUUGUCCACAGGAAAACACAGAAGAGGCCCUGCUCCUGUUGCUGAUCAGUGAAUCUAUGGCCAACAGAGAUGCGGUGCUGAGCAGGAUUCCAGAGCACAACAGCGACCGCAUCAUCAGCCUGCAGAGUGCCUCUGUGGUCUACGACCUACUGACCAUCGCCCUAGGCCGACGGGGACAGUACGAGAUGCUCUCCGAGUGUCUUGAGAGGGCCAUGAAGUUUGCCUUUGAGGAGUUCCAUCUCUGGUACCAGCUGGCCCUUUCACUGAUGGCUGCUGGGAAGUCGGCCCGAGCGGUAAAGGUACUGAAGGAGUGUAUCCGUCUGAAACCCGACGACCCAACCAUUCCCCUGCUAGCCGUCAAGCUGUGCAUCGGAGCACUCCAUUGGCUGGAGGAAGGAGAGUGUUUUGCUAAGAUGGUGGUGGACAUGGGGGAGAAGGCCUCAGAGUUCCGAGCUAAAGGUUACCUAGCCGUCGGCCUGGUGUACAGCCUCAAGGCUACAGACGCGUCCCUACGGGGGAUGCAGGAGGAGUAUCAGAGGAAGGCCCUGGGUGCAUUCCAGAGAGCCCAGAGCUUGUCCCCCACAGACCACCUGGCUGCCUUCUACCUGGCCCUGCAGCUGGCUGUGUCACGGCAGAUCCCGGAGGCACUGGGGUACGUGCGUCAGGCUCUGCAGCUGCAGGGAGACGACGUGCACUCUCUCCACCUGCUGGCCCUGCUGCUGUCGGCCCAGAAACACUACCACGACGCUCUCAACAUCAUCGAGAUGGCGCUCAGCGAGUACCCAGAAAGCUUCAUCCUGUUGUUCACCAAGGUGAAGCUGGAGACGUUGUGUCGAGGACCUGAGGAGGCUCUGCUCACCUGCAAACACAUGCUACAGAUCUGGAAGUCCUGUUACAACCUCACCAACCCCAGUGAUUCAGGUCGAGGCAGCAGCCUGUUGGACAGAGCCAUAGCAGACCGAAGGACGCUCAAUGCCAUGACGCUGCCUGACUUCAGUGAUCCAGAGACGGUCUCUGGCUCCUCCUCUCCCUCUGGGUCCGAGCCCGCCUCCCCUUCUUCCCCUCUCUUUCACGCCGGCCCGUCCCACCUCCCUCCACCCAUCACACCCCCCAGGGCCGACCCCCCUCUGCACCCCCCGAAGCCGGCCGGCGGCCAUCAUGCUUUCUGUGACCACACCCCUCGACGAGAGUCCACCAAUAGCUCGGUCCACGCCACAUCCAUGGCGGCGUCGCGGGUGGAACAGGCCCUGUCAGAAGUGGCCUCCUCCAUGCAGAGCAGCGCCCCCAAACAUGGACCCCUACACCCCUGGAUGACUCUGGCUCAGAUCUGGCUCCACGCAGCGGAGGUGUACAUUGGCAUGGGCAAGCCUGCGGAGGCGACUGCCUGCACCCAGGAGGCUGCCAACCUGUUCCCCAUGUCCCACAAUGUGCUGUUUAUGCGGGGCCAGGUGGCUGAGCUGCGGGGCAACGUGGACGAGGCCAAACGCUGGUACGAGGAGGCCCUCUCCAUCAGCCCCACCCACGUCAAGACCAUGCAGAGACUGGGUCUGAUCCUGCACCAGCUGCAGCGGUACAGCCUGGCAGAGAAGAUCCUUCGGGAUGCGGUGCAGGUGAACUCGACGGCCCACGACGUGUGGAACAGCCUGGGGGAGGUGCUGCAGGCUCAGGGCAACGCUGCUGCCGCUACAGAGUGUUUCCUCACCGCCCUGGAGCUAGAGGCCUCCAGCCCCAUACUCCCCUUCACCAUCAUACCACGACAACUCUGACCUGGGAGAGAGAGGCGUGUGCGCACACACACACACACACACACACACACACACACACACACACACACACACACACAAGCUGCUUUAUCCCCCCAGUGUGAAGGUGCCAAAAACCUUCCUCAGAUGCGCCACCAUCAACCACCCUGUGAUGUCUCGGGCCCAUCUCCUUCAUCCCAAUGAGAUUAGACAACUACCUCUCUCCUCUUGAGGCCAUUCAUAGGCCUAGCUAGAUGAGCUGGAGGGAGGGACCAUGGACAAAAAAUCCAAACACUGAUUAUCUGGUCCAAUAAUAUACAUCAAUGUAACUGUUGUUGCCAUGCCAACACCAAUGUGCUGUCUCCGCCCCCUAGUCUCUGCUGUGACCACUGUAUCGUAUACCACAACCCCUUGCUGUGCCUGACUAUGACUCCUGCACUCCAGCCUUUAUCUAAUCUACACUGAGCAAAAAUAUAAACGCAACAUGUAAAGUGUUGGUCCCAUGUUUCAUGAACUGAAAGAUCCCAGAAAUUUUCCACAUGCACAAAAAGGUUAUUUCUCUCAAAUGUUGUGCAUAAAUUUGUUUACAUCCCUGUUAUUGAGCAUUUCUCCUUUGCCAAGUCCAUCCACUUGACAGGUGUGGCAUAUCAAGAAGCUGAUUAAACAGCAUGCUCACUACAUAGGUGCACCUUGUGCUGGGGACAAUAAAAUGCCACUCAAAAAGUGCAGUUUUGUCACAUAACACAAUGCCACAGAUGUCUCAAGUUUUUAGGGAGUGUGCACUUGGCAUGCUGACUGCAGUAAUGUCCACCAGAGAAUUUAAUGUUAAUUUCUCUACCAUAAGCCGCCUCCAACGUUGUUUUUUCCCAAGUGGGUGGGCCUAUGCCCUCCCAAGCCCACACAUGGCUGUGCCCCUGCCCAAUCAUGUGAAAUCCAUAGAUUAGGGCCUAAUGAAUUUAUUUCAAUCGACUGACCUCUCCUUUGCCAAGAUAAUCCAUCCACCUGAUAGGUGUGAACUGUAACUCUGUGAACUGUAACUGUAAAAUCGUUGAAGUUGUUGUAUGUUGCAUUUUAUAUUUUUGUUCAGUAUCCAUGGUGGGGGGGGUUUAGCCGUACAGGCUGGCUACUCACUGAUCCAUCUGUUUUCUCUGGCUGUUGAUCUAUGGGAGAGGAGAAGGAGGGUGCAGAGGGACUUUCAGGCAGACAGAGCUGCAGGGGUUUGCAUUCCAGAUGACAUGGACAAUGUAGUGCUAUGCAGCGGACAAUGGCUGACUACAGUGGUACAUACCAUCACCAGACCGCCCCCAUGUCUGUGCUGGUGAAUUGUUGUAGCUUUCAACCCAAAUGAUGCUGACUGUGUUUAACCUGACAAUGCUUGUAUGUAUGUAUGUACGGUAUGCGUGUCUGUGCGUGUGUAUAUAUGCACCUGUUUGUAUGUGCGUUUGUACAUUUGCGUGUUCAAAAGGCUUUUUGUUAUUUGUUCAUGGAAAAAAAACUGUUAAAGAAGUUACACACUGUCACUUGAAAGAUGUAUAUUUUAUGGUGAAACUAUAGUUUACAUGAUAUCCCACACUCAGUGUGGAAGGCCUCACACACACGUGUGUCGUGAGGUUGUGUCCUUUUGCUGUUCCUCUGCAUCCCAAAAUGCAACUGUUUAAAAACAGGUGAUGUUACUGCGUUUGAAAUGAGCUCCUCCUCCUCCUCGAUGAACUUCAUCAGACGCACCCUCAGCGGGUUGGUAUAACCGGAAACAUCUGAUUUACCCUAUCUUCAAUGUGGGGACCCCAUUCAGGCAAGUGUUUUAUGCCUGCUACGUUAGGUUACAUCCGAUGUAGUUAUUUCAGUUACUGUAACCUUAAAUCUGUUAGGUCACAAGCUCACUGAUGUGAAUGCCAAAAACAGUGAUUUGAAAACACUUAAUGUCUUGUCUAUGGUUUCUUUCUGUCCAAAAACAAAUUACUUUUUUUUUCACAUUACCUUUGAUUAUAAGUGCAGAUUAUUAUUAUUAUUAUUAUUUCUGACUGGUAAUUAUUAGAUGUUCAUUAUUUUAGACGUUUAAAUUAUAUUUUACAGUGAAUGACAUUACAGAGGCGUCACAAACACUGCAAUAUGCUUAUUUUGAGUAGAUUGUACUUGAAGUACACAGCGGAGAGGAGCUGACUGUUUUCAGCUCAGUUGUAGGGUAAAUAUGUAAAUGUUUCUCGUCUGCUGUAGUACUUCUUUGAAUGCAGAAUCUACCUAGCAACCACAAUAGGAGCCUGCAUGGCAUGUCCCGUUGUGAAUGGCCAGUAUGCCCCAGGCCUCUGGUUUGAUAUGGUCCAACCAACAGCAGCAUUGAGAUGGCAUGUCUGUCUGUCUCGUCCUAUAGCACAUAUAUGAUACAACUGGACAAACUAUAAUGAUGUCAAUAAAAAAGUGAUUGGAAUAAA